UCAUUGAGGUGUAUUAAUUAUACACCUCAGUGGUACCGAUAUGUUUCAGAAUAAGUAAGCCGGGGCGUGGAGUCAUUUAUUCCUGUUUAUUGACAAAAGUUGCAGGGAGCCAUAUGAUCGAAUUCUUGAAAAUUGACUUUUCUAUUACAGGAGGUACCGGUACCGGUACGGUACAGCGGGUGUAGUAAUGAUAGAUUACGGUACCGGUAGCCUAGUGUUUGUUCCUUAUUAUUGAAAGCAAACAAAUUACGGUAAUUUCAUCUGUCCAUUGAACUGGUAUUACAGUAUGACACAUUUCUCAGUUUCCAAAAAUAGCCCAAUUAUAACACCUGGACAAUGAGUGGGAAACCCCUCCUUUACGAGACAGUUUGGACCUCCAUAUAGGCGUAAAUUCUGUAUUACUUGGUCUAUGGAUUGGAAUAAGGCUUGUUUCUACUCUGGAGUUGAAUUUCCAAACUUCUUAAACUUUUUUGAGCGCGAACCAAAUCUAAGUUUUUGACGUCAGAGUGACAUAAUUUUUGGAUGACACAGUCUGGUCUGGUGGGGUUAGGAUUGACAUACAGACAUAUGCAAAAAUUGUCAUGCUGCGGUAAGUCCACUAGUACGGUACUUGAGGUACGAAUCUACACUAGAACCUAAUACUGUAAUAUGUAGGCUAUGCGUGUCAGCAUGUCUAAUAUUAUCCAUUUGUAGUUAUAUUACAAUAUAUGAUACUCAUGCCCCCUUCCUGCCACCAUACCCUUCAAUAAUUGUUGAUAUCUGUAUUUUACCAGGCUUGAGAAGUAUUAUCUUUAUAUUUCCAUAUUUUGCCACUUUCCAUGUUGCAAACCUUGUGUCAUGCAAUGUCCUGGCAUGGCAUGAAUAAAGAACAUGGUCUGCACUGACGGAAAUAAAGUUCGGGUUCAUCCACGUAAUCAGCAAAAUCAGUUUGUUAGGAUUAACGGGUGGACACGACCUAUCCAUUAUUUACAGGUGAUUGCCUGGGUUGUGCUUUUCCUCUUUUCACUUGUAUAUUUUGGAGUUGUUGCUAUAGCUGUAGUUACACCAUGGAAACCUGCAGCUUAUGUGUGUGUGGGGAUUCUAUUACUUCUUCAUGUGGCUGCGCAUCUUGCUGCAACAACUAAAAAUCCUGGAGAUGAAAAUGCUCGUGCACAAAUCAAACAAAAUCACCAGAUGCCAGAUUUUGAUAGAUCAAAACAUGAACAUGUGAUUGAAAAUGAAUACUGCAAUUUAUGUGAAACAUAUGUAAACAAGGAAAGCAAACACUGUAGAGCAUGUAAUAAAUGUGUAAAACACUUUGACCAUCAUUGUCUUUGGCUUAACAAUUGUGUUGGACAACGGAAUUAUAGAUAUUUUUUCACUACAAUUUCAACAGCUUUUCUUGGUAGUUUGGUCAUCGUGAUUGUUUCUUUAUUCGUUUUUAUCAAUUCUUUGAUGGAAUUUCAAUAUCUAGAUCCGAAUGUAUGGUGGAAGAGUGUUUCUCCUCCCUUAUUUCAAGCAUUCAUUGGAGUUCUUAUCGUACUUUGUAUCAUCUGUUGUGCUCUACUUGGUCAACUAUUCUUUUUUCAUCUUUUGUUAAUUCGACGAGGUAUUACAACAUAUGACUACAUUCAAAUUUCAAGAGCAAAAAAGCAACAAAAUUCUACUGGGAAUAUAAAUUCAGCUGCUAAUAUUGCGGGUGAUGAUGUCACAGAGCAAGAUGUGGCAUGCUCAACGCCAUCUGAGUAUAUUGGUACAGAGGUCAAUCAAAAGAAGGAUGGGGGGUGUGAGGGUAAAAAUUGCAAAUGGCGUAGCAGACAAUUCCGUUAAAUUAGACUCUGAAGAUAACAUGGCAUACGAUACACCAGCAGUGAUUGUACCAUCUGCCUUCGUCACAGAUACAACUCAAAAUUCAUCACCUAGAAAUACACAAACGAAAGUGAAGUCUAGUCGGUCUCCAUCUGAAUUCACUAAUGCCGCAUUCACCCCGGAGGAAACUAGAAAUAUAAAUGCAAAUUCGAAUGCAGUACAAAUACCACAAAUUUCUGUCAAUGGUUCAAUUCACAGUCAAUCUUCUCUUGGAGAGUUGAGGUCAUGGGAGGCAACGAAUAUCUUACCUAAGCCUAGCGCUGGUGAGCCAGUUAUGAGAUCACAUAACAGCAAGGGUCACAUUUCACCAGAAAGACCAGCAAGUGGUCUUAGUGACAGUAUAGAAGCAGAUGAUCAAUCAGGGGUCAAUGGUAACUUAGUGACAAACUCCGUCGAUUCAAGCACUUCAAAAUCUGAGUUGACAUCUUCUCGUCGGCACCAUCAAAAAAGAUCAAAGCGACAUUCGAAGAAAGCAAUGAUGCUUCAUAGAGAUGACGGGGCUCCUCGUCCUUUGCCAGUGUUACCAGAAAACUCAAAUAAUCCAUUAGGAUUGAACGGAAUUCCGAGAUUGGGUAACUCACCAUCACGUCUCCCUCCACUUAGAAACUCUGUCGAUUGGGCAUCCAGUACAGAAGAUUUGCAAAGUUAUGUCGCCUCUGGUCGUAAGUUACCUCCAUUAUCCGCAUCCAGUUCAAUGACUUCCCUUGCAAGUUAUAUGUCAGGGAGUAUUGCUUCAAGUCAACCUCCUGCACAUCCUUAUGCAUAGGAUUACAUUCCAAGAUAUCUGUACUGUAACUGCAUCUUUACAUUACACAUUUGUUCGUUGUUAGGUGAAAAAUAUCCAGUCUUAAACACAGACUAAAUAAGGAAAUCUUCUGUAAAUUUAUCAUUUCCACUUUGAACCCAUUCUUAUAUUUUUGUUUGGAGAUUUUUAUAGUAUAUUCAGUGUUCAAACGAUACAAAGUGAACUAUGGAAUGAGUUGGCUGUAUUAGCAUAUAGUAAAAUGGCAAUCUUCAAUGCUAAAUGUUACAAGUCCUUACCCUAGAAUUGUUGCAUCUAUAUAAAAAAUUUUACCCUGAUAAAUCGAAAUAUUCUUUUUUGUUGCAUUGAAAAAUGAGUACUAUAAUGGCGUUGUCCAUACCUCAAAUUAGGAGACACCGUCCUUUUAUAACUACCUAGUUGACUUGUCGUGCCAAGUGUUUCAUUAUCAUUCCAUUAUGAAAUUGUAACUUCAUUUUGUACUUAUUUAUAUUCUUGUAAAAGUUAUGUAGCUAUCAUAGUAUAUUUGCACAAGGCUUAUGGAUUGUCCAUGCAUUUGUUCCUACAUAGGAAUAUUAUUUUCGUAAUCUCGGACCUAUUUGAAAUGGAAAUUGUAUCUUUUAUUAUAGUAGGUGCCUAGAUCAGUCUCCGACAGUUACCAUCUCUGGUUCAAAUCCCAUUCAUAUUCUGAUCCUUCCAAACUAUGGUAGCUCAUUGCAUAUUGGUGAAUAUCGAUGGCUGCUUGAUUAAGCUUUUGUUUGGAGCGAAAAGCGUUGUAAAAAUUGUAUUAGGUCCUAUGAAUGCGAUUCAUGCUCAAUAAUUUACUCUCUAAUAUGCUUUCACUUACCUAUAUCCAAAAAGAUGUACACUUACCGGUAAAUAAGUUUCAUUUAUAGACUCUGAUGCACUUUUGAUUGAAUGCCUUUUUGUUUACAUGUUAAUUAAUAGGAGGUAUCGUACUGUGUUUAUGUCUAAUAUUCCAUAGUUUCACUAUCCCAAGUGCACAACGCUUAUUUAUAUUUGUUGUUCGAUAAUUUUACAGGUUUCUGCACUCGCUUUUUUCCCCUAAUUUUCGCUAAGUGUUUACAAUAUUACGUGUAUGGCAAAAACUCCUUUUUUUCUGUACUUUAUAUACCUAUACUUUUUUGUGUUUUGUCUCCAAAUUGUAAUAUAUAUUCAUUGGUGAAACCAAUUUAAAAUACUUUUGUUUUUGGUGUUUCUCAUAUCACGUCCAUGAAUAGUUGAAAAUUUUCUGUCUGUUUGUUGAUAAGGCCUACUUUUGUAUUCCAAACCUUAUUCAUGAAGGUGGUAGAUUAUUGUACUGAGAUUUUUACAGCUAUGUGCUUCAAGAAAAAAUAUUUCCUCAUGCCCAAAUUUUGAUUUAUAUUACAGGUCGUUCUUUUCUUCAUUCAUCCUAUGGGACAGUGUUUUUCAAGCUUUUAUGAUUCCCCUGUAAACAUGCUCAACACCUGUGUCUUCCUUAUCUUCUAUAAAAUACCAAGUUUUUCUCUUUUAAGGGGUUUGUAUCAGAUAUUUUAUGCGCCAUAUUAAAUAUUGUAAAGCAAAAGAAUGAAUGCAAUACAGUCAAAGAAUCAAACAAUUCACAGUUAAUUUACUUUAAAUUAAUGUACUAAUUGCUAUGGUACUUAGUGAAGUUUGGGAAACGAUGCUCUAGAGCGUUUGAAUAUUACAGCAAUUUAGUUUUGUUCUGCAAAACUGCUACUGCUUAUGUACUAAUGUAUUAUCUUCCAUCACUGUGAAGUAAGUUCUCAGUAUUUCUCCCGAGCAAAUCUUCUAUAUUUUGGCUAAAAGUACUAGCUUGGCAUUUUUCAAUCAAAGUAAUUAAAAUAGGAAUCAUUUUACUGUGUGGCUAAGAUAGAAAGGAGGGUGUGCAAUAAUAUUUUUGUGUUUCAAUCGGAAGAUAUUUUUAUGUAUUCAGUUGGGGGUAUGGGCCGUUGAGUUUUUCGAUUGGAAAGUUAGAAAAUAAUUAUAAUAAAUGUUGUUUCCAUCUGUAGUGGCAUUGUUUUAUAAUAUUCAUUGUAAUAAAGAUUAUACAACAAACAA